AAAUUUUAGACAACAAGUUUCCAAAAUAUACAAUACAUUCUUGAAGUGCCUGUGUAAUAUGUCAUGUGUCGUAACUAGAGACACGGGUAUAUUCCCCAGAAAACGUCAUCAAUUUACCGCCUUUUCAGUGAACACUCCGGCUUAGAAACAUGGCGUCCUCGGAAGGAAGUGGUGUGACUACUGGUCAACCAAAUUUACACAAACAAGAACUAUCAAAAUUAGAUGUUACCAAAUUGACUGCACUUUCGCCCGAAGUAAUUAGUAGACAGGCCACCAUAAAUAUUGGUACGAUUGGCCAUGUAGCCCACGGAAAAUCCACAGUUGUAAAAGCAAUCUCUGGCGUUCAAACUGUAAGAUUUAAAAAUGAACUUGAAAGGAACAUCACCAUUAAAUUGGAGAGGAUCCAGUUCGAUGUGAAUGGCACAAUAACGUGGCCGAAAAAUAUGGAAGGGUACAAGAUGAAUUUGAAUCUACCGGAUAAGACCUGGGAAGAAAUAAAAGUCGAAGAAGAACGACAGAGAAAAAGAAAACGUGAAAAAUCGUGUACUCGUCUUAACAGUCAUCAUAAGAAGGAAUCAACGUAUCGGAAGGAGUAUGUGGUUGAAAGAAUAGUAGAUUACAAAUACGAGCAUCACUCAAAUAUAUAUUUCGAAGUAAAGUGGAGAGGUUACUCGAAAUCAUUAAAUACGUGGGAACCUCUGGAACACUUAACUAAUUGCCCUGAUCCGUUGGUGGAAUUUUUAUAUGAUAAAUUGAAUGAAUCAGUGUUGGAAAAGUUACACGACUUAUGCGGAACGCCUAAACAUCUGAGUAAUCAAGCCCUUUUGGAAUUAUUGCCGUCAUUAAAUUGGCAUAAAUUGCCCAGUUUGCUUAGCGUUCUUAUAGAUUUGUUCAAAUUAUCACUGAAACCACCUCGCGAAAGCCACAUUCACAAGAUCGAACGCGGAAGAAAGUCACUUAUUAUGUAUCAGUUCCUUCUCAAACGCGAAGAACAAGAAGCUAAGCUGAAACAUUGGGAGUAUACAAUUAACGAAAUGUCGACAGAUAGUGCACCUAUUAAGGUGGAAAAUUUGGUCGACUUGGAGGUCCCACCCGACGAUUUCAAUUACAUUAACGAGUACGUGUCAGCAUCCCUGGUUAUACCAGUAACGCCAGUGGCGGGUUGUGAGUGUGUGGAGUGUGGUCCUCGCAUAAAGUCGUGUUGCGGCAAACAGGAUCACGGCGGGUUCACCUACACGCCCCACAAAAAGGUCAACGUUAAUCCGGGGACGGCCAUCUACGAGUGCAACUCUCAGUGCAAAUGCGGUCCGGACUGUCGCAAUCGCGUGGUCCAAAAGGGACGUAAAGUGCCGUUAUGCAUCUAUCGAACGAGUAACGGCUGCGGUUGGGGCGUCAAGGCGGUACGCAAGAUUCACUGCGGCGAAUUCGUAUGUGAGUAUGUCGGUGAGGUUAUCUCCCAUGAAGAGGCGGAGGAACGGGGAAAGGCCUAUGAUGCCGAAGGUCGCACGUACCUUUUCGAUUUAGAUUACAAUUCACGAGAUAAUCCGUAUACUGUGGAUGCGGCGAAAUAUGGAAAUGUCUCACAUUUCAUUAAUCAUUCCUGUGAUCCGAAUCUGGCAGUCUAUGCGGUCUGGAUCGAUUGUAUGGAUCCCAAUCUGCCUAAGUUGGCGCUUUUUGCCAUUAGGGAGAUAGAAAAGGACGAGCAACUAACGUUCGAUUAUAUGAUGGUGCCGGAUUCACCGAGAAAAACACCGGAUAAACCGAAAUUGGAGACUCCUGACAAGGAUGGUGAAGUGCAGCUUGGUCGAUCUGUUUGCAAGUGUGACGCCGAUAGUUGUAGACGAUAUCUCUUUUAAUUGAAUACGGUACUUUAUAUAUUUUGCCAAUGAACAAGUUUGCUUACCCUGAACCAUCAUAACAUAACGUUGACAUAUUAUUGUGUUUUAAAUUAUUCCGAUGUACGUUUUACAAUUUUAAUUGUCCGUUUAUCAAAUUUUACAUAUAUUGAAUUUAUGUUUUUAGCGUGAAGACAUUUUAUUUAUAUACGUAUGAAACCUGAGGGAACUUAUUUUAUAAUUUGUAGAAUUCCUGGUUGUUAAGCAAUGUCUCAAGUGUACUAUUAGUAUAAUUAUAUAAUAAUUAUGAGUAUUGAAUUUAUGAAGUUUUUAAAAUUGAUUGUGUUUGUUUUUUUGAAUCUCAAAGUUUUUAAACUUCCUUAUAAAAUUAUUGAUCAGUGCUGCAGGCAGUAGAAAAGUGGAAGAAGCGGUGUAUGGAAUAAUAUUAAGUUAAAUUUUGUUACUAUAAUUCUGUACUAUUUAUAUUCAUUUUACUAUUUUGUCAUAAAGUCUGUUACAUACAGUACAAAAAGAGUUUGAUCCAUCUGAAUCCUGAAAGAGACAGUAAGUCUCCCACUAUGGGACAGACUUCUACUGUCUCUGUCAUGUAUGAUGUUUUUCUCUAAAUUCAUACGGGUCAAAAGCUUUUCCUACUGUAUGUUGGAUAUAAGACUCGCCUACAAUUUUACACAUUAAUUUGUGUUUUAUUGACAUGUUUACUUACUACUAUUUUUAUAUAAUAAUUUGUGUUCAUUUAACAUGUAUAUGUAUUUUAUAAAUAUAUUUACAAGGAACGAA